CGUUUCUGGCAUAACUUACAUUCCUUUGCACAAUCAUACCUAGCAACACAAACCAAACAGGACGAUAACUAUGUCUAAAUAAGGAAUUAUUGUUAAUAAUAUACUUAAUAUUAUAUGCAACAUUGGGUUCUUUGAAUUACAGUUAAGAUAAGAGCUGGUAAUUUUUGUUGAUGUAUAAAAUUGAAGCAAAUAACAUUACCACCACUAGGUCAGUUUGAUUUUUAUUAAUUAUGGCUGUCAGGGAAAUGUCAGUAUGGCUGUCUGAAGCUAGCUAUGAAAACGAGCCUAUGAAUGCAUUUGUUUAUAGAGCUAAAAUCAUUGAAGUCGGGAGAUUGUGUCGUUCUAUAGGCGACCAGUUAUCAGAGUCAAACGUCGAACACUACCAAAAUGAAAAUUUGGGUUUGUUAGUGCAGUACCUAAAAGCGCUUGUUGAGACUCUAAAUUUGCUGGAGCGCGAAAGUCAAAGUGAGAAAUUAGAGCCAAGAGAAACGGAGCUAAUAUUGAGAGGACUCUAUAAUUUAACAGAAUUGGGGAAUAAUGCGCUCAUCUUCCUAAUAUUAGAAAUAGCUUGUGCAUUUCUAAACAUGGAAAAAGAUCCGUUUCCAGAGGAAGGUCAAUACAUCAUGAAUUGUUUGGAAAAUGUCAAAGAGCACCAGGCUACUAUAGAGUCGUUAAUUAAGGACGCAAGUAGGUUGCUUGAAGAAAUGUUAGACAGUGAAAACUUCGGUUGCAUUGUGGGAAGAGAGUUUGACGAAGUCGUCAGGAAAGCAAAAAUUGAGAUUGAGUUGUGCAGCCGGAGAUUGAACGGAGCAGAAAAAGCUAUUAACAAGCUCGCUGAGAAAAUGAACAUCAUUAAAUGGGUGUCACGUGGUAUGCGUACUGCAGGUUUUGCCUUCUCCUCUUGUGUCCUGUACAAGCGAUAUCAAGAAUCGAGUCAGUCUUUGUUUGACUUGUUGCAGUUUGGGGGGCUCACUCUGCUCAUUGGGAAUAUGUGGAUGUUCUUUUUUGGAGUUAGACCAAGCGUUUUCUACGAAUCGAUUCCAAAACUCGAAGCACAACACCGUUUGUUGAAGGAAAAACUUAAUGAUUUGCGUAAAAGCUUGAUAAAAUUAUAGCCAUAUUGCUAUAUAUUCAGGACAUAUACCACUUUACAAUGAACGGUUUUAUUUCAGGAAUUUGUGAGAAUUAUAUCACCAGCAUUUUGUGAGAGGAGGACGCAAACAAAACAAUUGCUGCGGAGAAGAAAAGCAAAAUUUGCGCUAAAGUAUAUGGAAAACAAUGAAACAUUUUUCAUUUUUUGUUUCUCAGUUGUACUUUCCAGAGACACAGACGAGUAUUAGAGAUUAAUAAUCAUACCUGAUCUGCAUAAUUCACACUCAGAGAAAAAAAAUGAGUUUGUUAUGCGAAACUAAGUAUAAAUGACGAACUUAUGAUAUUUCUCACAGCUUUUGUUCAUAAUUCAAACCAUUAAGCUGAACUUUUUGCAAUAGUCUAAAGGCGUUAAGUAAAAUAUUUUUUGGUAAAAAGCACAGCAAGCGCUUCCUUUUGUUUUUUUAUACAAAAAAGGUACUUCAAAAGCAUUUCUUAUCUUAUUUACUGUAUACUUUCAUUGAUUGUAUCAUUUUUUAAUAGUAACCAUCUUUAUAUACAUUCAACAUCUUCAUUAUCAAGCAACGACGGAAUAAAACAUAUAAUAUGCGUAA